AUGUUCACUGGUAUGCUUUUUUGUAUUUUAGCGUUGUAUGGUUUCGAUUCAAAUCACAAGAUAACGAGUUUUGAGGAGGCAAAACGUCUGGAUCAGAUCAACGAACGCAUGCCGCCGUCGAGGGACGUCGAAAACAAUAACCAGGCGGCAGCGUUGUCUUCGACUUACGGUUCUCGCGGCAGCGAUUCAGCAGUAGUGGCAUCAUCCAUGGCGACUGCGGCCAGAAAUUCCAGGUCCACCUCGUCGACGGCUGUCCCCACUUCCAGUGCGAAAGAGCAGCCGGCGCCAACAGCAGCGCAGGCGAAGGCCACCGACUCGAAUCCUCGUCCCUCCCCUACAAAAUUCUAA